UUGCUGUGUUGGCGUACUACUGAGCCUGAUCCGCAGCAGCUUGGUUCUCAAAGCUUCCUCCAGCUUAGCAUCCUCUAGCCCUUCUGGGUGACCAGCUAGCAAGACCGUGUAACAAGCCACGAUGCAGUGCUAUUGGCACUGUUGCUAGCGGUCUGGUGGAGAUUCCGUGGGUGCUGGCCUGGGCUCACAGGCCUAAGAUAGAAUAUGCGCCAUAGCUCGCGGGGCUAUCUCGUGUCGCGUGUAGCAUGCGAAAUGGGAUUUGCAUAAGAAUCUCGGCAGGGCCGAAUCGAGUUCGUGUUGUUGGUCUUGGUAUGCUCCUGUCUAUCAUUGUUUAAACUUCUUAACUCCUUUUCUCGCCCGUUGUAGUCGUUUCAUCGUUAUUGACUACACAGGAGAUUGGCAAUAUGGGCUGGAGUUUCCACGGCCACAAGCGAGAUGUCGAUGCGGAAAAGCAUCUCAAACGGCUGCACAAGACAACACCGUUUAUCGAAUCCCCGCUAGUUGGUGCCGAUCACGAAAAUCUGGUCUUCUCUCAACGACAUGAAGCGAAUAGCGUGGAACUUUUCUUCGACUUGUUCUUCGUUGCUAAUCUGGCAACCUUUACGGCCUAUCACUCUAUCACCGACAUAGACUAUUUACUGGCAUACAUCGGUUUCUUUGGCAUAUUAUGGUCGUGUUGGUUUCAAAUCACACUCCACGAUGUUCGAUUUGCGCGCGACUCGCUCUAUGAGCGCGUGUGCAAGACGAUCCAAUUCAUAGUUUUUGUUGGCCUGGCGCUGGUUGGAAGUCAGUUCAACCCAGCAAACGAGAAGGGCAAAGGGAACAACACAAAUUUCCGUAUCCUGUGCUAUACACUAGUCAUCAGCCGUGGUCUUCUUGCCAUUCAAUAUCUUGUUGUCCUUUACUUCACUUGGAGAGCAAAGUAUGGGAAGAUCUACCUCCCACUUAUGCUCAUGUUCGCCAUAUAUGCAGUCAGUAUGGGUGCAUUCGCCGCUAUGACACCCGCAUUCAAGAACGAGGCCGACCACAGCAGGCGGCUCGUUUACAUCGUCUGGUAUAUCGUCAUGGUGCUUGAAGGCGUUGGAGUCAUUCUUAUAUCGUGUAUUUGGCGCAUGAUGAGCUUCAAAAAGACCCAUCUGAUGGAGCGCAUGAGCUUGCUGACCAUUAUUGUUAUUGGCGAGGGCGCAAUUGGCGUCACCAAGACAGUAAGCAGGAUGAUGGGGAAGCAUGGACUAGAAGUUGAAGGAUGCUUUUUGAUCAUGUGUAUCAUCGUCGUUCUUGUGCUAAUAUGGGCUCUUUACUUCGACAACUUUCCCCACGGACAUUACGGAACCAUCCGGCAACAAAUAUGGUCUUUGCUACACUUUCCUCUCCAACUUGCGAUUGUUGGUGUUGUCGAAGGCUCUCAGCAAAUUGCUCUGGCUCGGUACGUCGCCAGGAAUACCGGAAAAGUCACCACCUCCAUCCUUCAAUAUUGCCAAGACGACCACCUUGACGGCCUGAAGCUACAAGACAAGCUGCAGUACCUCUUGGAGUAUUUCGAGCUAGACGGCAAGUUUGAAACCAAAAGCUAUUAUAACCAGGCUGAGUCGGCCAUCUGGCUUGUCGGGAACGCCACAGGCAUCUGCUCGCCGCAGAAUACUACUCAGUAUAAUAUGGGUGAAGACGACGAAGAUGGUACCUGGCCUGAGGCGCUCAAGAACGUGUCUCACCUUCUUACCAAUGGUAUGUACACUGGACUCGGCAUGAAGAUUCCAGUCGAUAAACUCGAGGACUUUAGUCCCCUCAAAAUUGGCCUCAAAGGAUUCGAGCUUGUCUACCUCUACUACUGGUCAUCCUUCUGCCUGCUUCUUAUCUGCCUGAUCAUAUUCCUUUUCUUGAUCCGCCGCCACAAGGCUGAUCUAUUCGACUUCACUUCCGUCAUAUCGCGCUUUCUUGCCCUUGGCGUUGGUGGUGCAAUGUUGGCUCUGAUGGCCGACACCAACCGGUUGCACAGGAUGGUCGAAUCACCAUGGCUACUACCCAUCUGCGUCAUCAUCCUGUUCGUUAUCCUGGUCAUCGAUAAGCUAAGCUCGAUAUAUUGCAACUGGCAAGUUCAGAAGAGCGGAAAGCCAUACGCGUUGGAAUUCGAAGAGCAUGGACACCACGGCCACGGACAUAGUCCACACGGAUCUGUGCAGGAGACAGGUGCGCUAUACGGGCAUGUGCCACACGAAGCGGGGUUGGAAGAGAUGCGCAACACGGCACGGUGGAGCUCGCACCCCGAAGAUCUGAUGCCACUUACAGCUCAAAGCACCGAAUACAAAUCGCCGCAUCAAAGCUAUGUUAUGGAGCCUUUGACGAGCCCACCACUUGAGAGUCCCCCAGUGUCUGGACACGAUCCGCUAGCCAACCAGGGAUAUGUGGGUCAUACUCCAGCUGGAUAUGCUCCUGUGAGCACAGGACAGAACUACGGCGCAUAACUGGUCGAGGAGUGUGGUAUGGUCUGGAACUUUCGCAAUACUUUAUCAUUUUAGCAAGCGUGGCGUUAUUGUUUGGCAAGACGGCACUUGCCUUACCCGCACAAUAUCCGAAGGCGGACACGGGACAAAGACGGGUAUGACCAUAUGGCGUUAUCUGUUACAGUAAUAAUGGAAUAUUGAGC